AUGCCUUCUAAUGCAUCUAUUUUACAUUUACUAGUUACUAGUUUGAUAUAUUUAUUUACACAAUAUCGAAAAUGUUAUUCAUUUACUGCAAUAUCUUCAACACUAUCACCAUCUUCAUCAUUAUUACAUGAAGGUGCAAUAAAUAUUACUGUCCAUAUGUCUGAUGAACAACGUCUUUUUUAUACAAUAAUGACAGGUUAUGAAAAAGCAAUAAGACCAUUGAAAAAGUCAUCUGAAGCUGUUGUUGUUAAACUUGGUAUUUCACUGACACAAAUUUUAGAUGUAGAUGAACGAAAUCAAAUAAUGACAACUAAUAUUUGGCUUGAUCAGGAAUGGAAUGAUGCAUUUUUAAAAUGGAAUCCAAAAGAUUUUGGUGGUUUAAAAAAAAUACGUAUACCUUGUCGUCUUAUUUGGUUACCUGAUAUUGUACUAUAUAAUUCUGCAGAUGAUUAUACACAAGGAUAUAUGCAAUCAUUAGCAAUGAUUGAUUAUAAUGGUACUGUUUUUUGGCCACCUAUUGUUAAAUUUCGAUCGACUUGUAAAAUAGAUAUUACUUGGUUUCCUUUUGAUGAUCAAUUAUGUUUUUUAAAAUUUGGUUCAUGGACAUACGAUUCUACACAACUUAUAUUAACAAAUCGAUCAGAAAAUGUUGAUAUGGAUAAUUAUAUUGAUAAUGGUGAAUGGAAAUUAUUAACAUCAUGGACAGUUCUUUCAACAUUAACAUAUCCAUGUUGUGCAGAAGGAUAUCAUGAUUUAAAAUUUUAUUUUCAUAUACGUCGUCGAACAUUAUAUUAUAUAUAUAAUGUUAUAAUUCCAUGUAUAAUGUUAUCUGGAUUAACAUGUUUAACAUUUUAUUUACCAACAGAAUCAGGUGAAAAAGUUUCAUUAGAAUGUAAACGUCUUCUUUAUGAACUUAAUCAUUUUAUUCUUCGUCCAAAUGAAACACGUGAAGAAGAUACUAUUAUACGUGAUUGGCAAAAUGUAGCCUUGGUUAUUGAUCGUUGUCUUUUUUAUACAUAUCUUUUAUUAACAACAAUAAUAACAGUUUUAACAUUACUUUUAGCACCAUUAUUAAAACCUAUUCCGACACCACCAACAUAUUUUCGAUUAAAUAUAACAAAAGAAUAA